AUGACGGAUACCGCCGCCGAGCCACUUAUCACUUCGAAUGAUGACGACGGCGAAUAUGAACGACAGGUGAGGUACAGUGAAGAGGUGGAUGAUGGGGAUGUAGACGAGAGCGCGCUUGUGUCGCCAGGCGUGUUUAUUUGGACGCUCACGCUGUGCGCGGGUAUUUCUGGGCUGCUGUUUGGAUACGACACAGGCGUCAUCUCCUCAACCCUCAUCAGCAUCAACUCCGACCUCUCCUCCCGCCCCCUCACCACGUUAGACAAGAGCCUGAUCACCUCCGCCACAUCCUUCUUCGCGCUCCUCGCCUCCCCGCUCACAGGCCUGCUCGCCGACGCCGUAGGACGAAAACCUGCCAUCCUCGCCGCCGACCUCCUGUUCGUGCUCGGCGCAGUGUGGCAGGCGUACGCAACGUCUGUGUGGGCCAUGAUCGCGGGCCGCAGCGUGGUUGGGGCCGCGGUCGGGAGCGCGAGCUUCGUCGUGCCGCUGUAUAUCAGCGAACUCUCGCCGUCUCCGUUCAGGGGACGACUGGUUACGGUGAGUAGUCUGUUUAUUACGGGCGGGCAGGUUGUGGCGUAUCUUGUUGGGUGGGCGUUUAGUGAGAGGGGUGGGGGGUGGAGGUGGAUGGUUGGGCUGGGUGCGGUACCGGCGAUUGCGCAGUUUGGCAUGUUGUUCUUUAUGCCUGAGACGCCGCGGUUCUUGAUCCAGAAAGGCAAGGUCGCAGAGGGCAAGAAAGUGCUUACGAGAGUCUAUGGGGAUGGAGCGGGGAUGGAUAAGCUGGUCACCGCCGUCCUACGUCGCGUCGAAAAGGAGAUCCUAGAAGAGGAGGAUGUCGCAGCCCCAUCGACCGUCAAACACGAAGGAAGCUGGAAGGCGAAAAUGACACACAUCAUCUCCAACUUCCACCAACUGGCCUCCGUCGGUCCUAACCGCCGCGCCCUGACGAUAGCAUGCAUGCUGCAAGCUUUCCAGCAACUCUGCGGUUUCAACAGCCUCAUGUACUUCUCCGCAACCAUCUUCCGGCUCGUCGGCUUCCACAGCCCGACACUCACCUCGCUCUCCAUCGCGGUCACGAAUUUCGCGUUCACGCUCGUUGCUUUCUGGUGUAUUGAUCGUAUCGGCCGACGCCGCAUCCUCCUCCUUUCCGUGCCAGUCAUGGUCGCUGGUCUUGCGCUGUGCGCUGUGGCGUUCAGUUUCAUCGAUCUUUCCGGCGAGGAAGGAGCUUCGCACCUUCUGGUCCGAGCCGAAGGUGCAGAGGCGGAAGGGAGCAAGGUCUGGCCCGCGAUCAUUCUCCUAUCGAUGGUCAUAUACGUAUCCUCCUACGCCGUCGGACUCGGGUGUGUGCCCUGGCAGCAGUCUGAACUCUUCCCCCUCUCCGUCCGUGCACUGGGCUCUGCGCUGGCGACGAGCACGAAUUGGUUCAGUAAUACGAUUGUGGGGUUGACGUUUUUGCCGAUGAUGGAGUUUCUGACUCCGACGGGCACGUUUGUGGUGUAUGCGGGGGUUUGCGUGGCCUGUUGGGUUACUGUCUGGCGCAUAUAUCCGGAAACCGCUGGACUGAGUUUGGAGGAUGUCGGGGGGUUGUUGAGAGAGGGGUUUGGGGUGAAGGAGAGCGUGGGACAGUUUAGGGGUAGGAGGAGUGAGCGAUAG